CCGUUCCCAGUUGGAUAUUACUACUUGACAUUUUCCAUCCCCUCCUCUUUGGACAAACAGCAUUUGUUUUAGUAUGAUUUUUAAAAACCGCGCAAUUCUCAAGUUUGCUUCGACUUCCUUAAAAGGAGCUCAAUUCUCUACGAAGACGGCCGCUUCACAAGCAAAAAGCCGAUUCCAACCCUAUGCUCAAAAAUUAGCAGAUGUUUGCGAACCAGUGACUUAUUGGACCACUGUCGGUAAAGAAUUGUUUCAACAAGUUUACCAUUCUCAGAAAAUGGCUAAUCCUUCCAACGUUCAUUCUCCUUUCUUAUUCUGGAAAAGUCAGUCUUCUGAAACCUGGGGUCGUAACUUCUACCUAGGUGUAGAAUUGCUUGGUAUUUUUAGUGUUGGACAAAUGAUUGGUCGCAGAAAGGUUACCUCUUAUGGUCAUUGAUUUUCUUUCCUUCUUUUUCCUUUUCAGGUAUUUUAAUAGCGAUCGAGAGACUAGAGGUACGAGGCAUCUCUCCUGUAGUGACCUGCAUAGGUAAGCUGAUCUCUUUUCAGACUGUUUACAAUACAUUUUGUAUUAAAAGAAAAGAAAGAUAAAAGUUAUUCAGUAGUUUUUAGAAGUACCUUGACUCAAUAUCGUACUAGUUGUCUAUACGGAUGAUUAGGAUUGUAUGUAUUCUGAAGUUGCUGUAUAUACUGUAUUUUCUUCAGCAAUUCUACUUGAAGUAAAAGUCUUAUCUAUGAUCAGAAGCUUAGGAACAGUUCCCUUGAUAUUUGACUGUAAGAAUGAAUUGAUGUGUUGAAUGUCUCAACUUGUCCAUGUCUGAAGAGUCCACUGUCUACAUUGGUCCUUACCUUGGAAGUAAAUAAGAAAGUAGAAAAUGUACAGGAAUUUACAGCUUAUAAAAUAUAUUAGCAUCUUUGUGCAAAUUCUUCAAAGUAAACGUCAAUGGAUUUUUUGAAAUUGGAAUGAACGUCUAAUGCUUUUGUUUUUACAAGCAAUUGAGAUUCUUUCUUCCUUAUCAUUUCUUGAAAAAACAAUGAAUCAAGUCGCUGGAUAUGAUAGGUUUUCUUUUUCUGUUUCAAGUGUAAAUGAAGACCGAGAGUUGUUUAUUUACACUCGAAAAUCCUAUCAAACCGUUUGUGCCACUUAUUUCUUCUAUAAUUUUUUUUUAUUGAUUUACUCAUUUUUUCUUGGGAAUCCAUUCAACUUGAGAACAUGGAAAACUCAACUAUGCAAUAGAUAAUUUAUCAGUGAAAAAAGUUGCAUCCUUUUUCACCUUUAAUAAAUUUCAUUUUCUUGUUCUAUUUGAAAUUACUGAUUGCUUCCUUUUUUUUUUUCCUUGGAUUGGUAGCUUUCGUUCACCAUUUCUUCUACUGGUUU